AUGGAUCCUGGCACCAGCCUCGGCGUCGGUCUCAGCAUCAAGAAGCAGGAGGACAUGGACGGCAUGGACCCGAAGUCGGGCCAGAAGCCGGACCAGAAGCCGGUGGUGAGGACGUUGAACAGGGUGCCUCGUGCAUGCAAUGCCUGUCGCAAGCAGAAGAUGCGCUGCGAGGGCGCAGAAAAUCCUCCCUGCAGAAGAUGUCGCCACGCCGGGCUCGAGUGUUUGUUCGAGAAGCCGACGAGGGAGGCCAGUCUCACCGGAGAAGCCGGUCUUGAACGCAUACGCAGUCUAGAGGCCCAUGUCGCCGAUAUUCGCCAGUCGCAAACCGUCAUCCACAGCACAUUGAUGGAACUUGUGGCUCAUUUCCGUAAUGGUGCUCCGCUCACGUCGCGCUCCCCAUAUCCUUCGCCUUUCGCUCACCACUCGCCCGGUGCACAAUCUCUGGGUUCCCCGGCCGUUUCUACGCCCUCAACUGGUACGUGCGGCCAUCUUUUCAACCAUGGCAGUUUUCUCCUGGUCCAACCUCGCUCUUUCCCAGUCCUAAGUUCUGUUCAUCGGCCUCACCCCCAUCUUUCAGCGUACCAGCAAUCUCAAAACCAUCGUCCGGCCGGUCCUGACACCGUUCCCCAUGGCCAGAGCUUGUACGGCAACGGCCAGUCGCAUGCCGGCGCGCACGGGCCUAGCCUUCCUCCCUUCUCCAGCAUAGAGUCCAUGGGCCCGCCUCGUGGCCAACCCACAAAUGUGUCCUCCAUGCGUUACAACACCGCAGAUGGCGGGGGUCGCCCGCGUCCGCAAGAUCCCCCCACGGGAUCGAAACGCGCCGCCCCACCGUCUUCCACAGUCACUAGUGCAGAGUCUUCAGACGCCGAAGAAGAGGGUGGCGAGCUUCCCGCAUCAGGGCUCGUCGCGCCCUGGGAAGUUCUUCGCGGGUUGGCCGAUGUCGCCAUUGAGCGCGCCGCAAAGGAAAACGGGGGUGAGAGCGAGGCUCCAAGCCGAGCGCAUACCCACUCGCCCGAGCCUCGGCCGCUCCGGCCUGCGAAGCGCAGAAAAGUAUUUCACGCUCAACCGCGAUCGACGAUGUUCCCAGAUGUGGUCACCAAGAAGGUCAUCCCGGAAUCGGAGGCCCGAGAGCUAUUCAGGAUCUUCUAUCACGGUUGCUCAACAUUCUUGCCCGUAUUCGAUGCAGCCAUCGACACCUAUGAUGCGCUUCAUGAGCGAUCGCCCUUUGCCGUCGAUUGUAUUUGCAUGGUGGCCGCCAAAGUUCGAGACGGUGGGGGUAAUCCCAGUGCAGUUUUUCUGAAGUGCUUGGAAGAGGUGCAAGCCAUUUCUUGUGCAACGCUUUUCUCUCCUGUUGCCCGCCAGGAAGCCGUCCAGGCUAUGAUCUUGGUGUCUGGAUGGUCAGAUAAUGGUUGGCUGAGUGGAGGUCACGCUGUUCGCAUGGCCAUGGAGCUGUCAAUGCACAAGGCUUGGCCGGAACUGCUCAAGCGGAUGAAGGCCGGCAAGGCGUCGACGUCGAGCAAAGACAGACAACUGGUUGUGUCGUCGAGAACAUGGUUUUGCCUGUACCUCUUCGAACAUCAGAUGUCAUACGGCACGGGUCGUCCGGCCAUCUUGAAGGACGACGAGAGCAUCUGGCAAUGCCGUCUUCUACUCCAACACCCACUUGCAAUCGAGGAUGACAUGCGUCUGGUCUCUACCGUGGAGCUGAUGGCCAUCCGGGAACGUGUCCACAAUAAUCUCUCUCCAUUGUUCGACCGGGCUGUGGACGAGAUCACUUUCAACGUCAUCCGGGAGGCCGACAUGGAAUUCCGCAAUUGGUACGCCACUUGGGAUCAGGCGUUCUCACAGAAGUACGAAGAUGCUGCGUUCUACAGGCAAAGUUUGCAGAUUCAACACCUGCAUGCCGAGCUGUUCCACAACGCGACGGCCUUGCGGGGUAUUGACCGCCCAGAGGACAUGCCGAAUAUGCCCCCGGCCCAGCGGGACCUGGCGAUUCGGUCGAUUCAAAUCGGGCGACAGAUCCUUGACAUCACCGUCAACUCUCCUGCGUACCGAGAGGGUAUGAAGUAUGCCGUCCAUUAUACCCAUGCGACGGCGACGUUCUCGGCUUCGUUCUUGCUGCGCCUUUCACGUCUCUUCCCCGACCAAUGCAACCUGCAUGAAGUUCGAGCCCUUGUUGAACAGCUUGCGACGCUUCUGGCAGAAGUGCCUGGUCAACGAUACGCCUUCACGUUGCAGCUCAUGCUAAAGCGCUUCCGUAAGAGAAGGCAGUCAGUAUCAUCACGUUCUCCCACUAUGCCCAGAGACCAAAGGAAUCGCGCACACAGCGACGCUGCUGGGUACUCCUCCGAUGCGGUCAGCCACUCGGCAACGUCGCAGCCGCCAACCUCACCGACUUUUGAAGCCCCUUACCAGGCGUCGCCCGACGCGAUGGCGCAUAUGCCCCCCGGCGUGGCGCCGCAGUAUGGUCAACAGUUCACACCGAACAUUGAAAAUAUCUGGCGCGGCUUUGAAACGACCUCGAACGAGCACCUGCCCGUUUGGCUGUCAGACCAAACACUUGGUGGUGCGACGUUCUCUGCCAGCGGCAUGGACGCCUUCAUUCUCCCCACGGACUAUCUCCCGGCUGCUCCCCAGAUCUGGUGA